AUGUCCUCUGCCCCGCCAACAAGUGGACUCCCACCCAAAACAUGGACAAGAGACACCAACCGCGAAUUCUUCAUCUCAACCGAACCAAAGCUACUCUCUGUCAAAGCAGUCAAUGCCGCAUUCGACAGAGACUUCGUUUACUGGGUGCAAAAGCCCUUCCCAGAUGAGGUGCUGUGGCAGAUGCUCCACGGCUCCUUGAGUUUCGGUGUGUACAGGUGGACCCAACCUGCAGAAUCUGUGAAUGAUUCUACCACCCCGUCUUCAAAGAACACUGAGCAGAUUGGACUUGCUCGUAUGGUCACAGAUGGGUGUUCAUUUGCUUAUUUGUCGGAUACAUACGUUCUCCCCGAAUACCAAGGCAGCGGACUUGGGAAAUGGCUUGUGGAUUGUGUCGCCGAGACCUUUUCCAAGGAGAAUAUGCCUUAUCUACGUCGGAUUAUGUUGCUCACUGAUGAUGAGCGCAUGCAGUCUUUCUACGCGAAGAUGUUUGGUGUGAAAGUCGUUGGGCGUGAAGAAAGAAAGGACAUGGGGAGGGAUUUAGUGUUUAUGUGUGCGAGACCAAAUGCACCGCCAUCAUUAGAUUGA